UGAUCAAGACUUGAAGUUGUCAAGAGUCCAGCUAGGGUAGAAGCUUGAACUUGAACUUCAAGUUGAAGCGCACAGAAUUUUAAAAGCUACAAAGCUUUUAGGCCCAGGGUGGGAAGCCCGCCAGGAAGAAGAGAGAUAUUGGGUGGACCAUCUCGAGAUCAUGGCGGCUCGGGGCUUGCGAGAUGAGAAGGAGGACGGAUGGGAGCGCUCCGAUUUUCCAAUUCUAUGCGAGAGCUGUUUGGGAGACAACCCCUACGUUCGCAUGACAAAAGCAGAGUUCGACAAGGAGUGCAAGAUCUGCACCCGGCCGUUCACGGUCUUUCGGUGGAGGCCUGGGAGAGAUGCCCGCUACAAGAAGACAGAGAUAUGCCAGACCUGCUCAAAGUUGAAGAACGUCUGCCAAACCUGCCUUCUGGAUCUGGAAUAUGGCCUGCCUGUGGAAGUGCGGGACAAGGCCCUGGGCUUGCAAGGGGAAUCCAUGCCCCAGAGCGACGUCAAUAGGGAGUUCUUUGCUGAGCAGCACGAGAAGGCCACAAAAGCGGGCCUUGACUUUGAAUCAUCUUACGGCAAAGUCAGACCGAACGACACAAUCCUGAAGCUGCAGCGGACCACGCCGUACUAUAAGAGAAACAGGGCGCACAUAUGCAGCUUCUUUGUCAGGGGGGAGUGCACGCGGGGGGCGGAAUGUCCUUUCAGGCACGAGAUGCCGACAACGGGGCCGCUUGCCCAGCAGAACAUCAAGGACCGGUACUACGGAGUCAACGACCCUGUCGCAGCGAAGCUCCUAGAGCGCGCCAGCCAGAUGCCGUCGCUGGUUCCUCCAGAGGAUGAGCAGAUUACAACGCUGUAUGUAGGGGGCUUAGACGAUAGGAUCACGGAAGCAGACCUCAAGGAUCAGUUCUACUCGUACGGAGAGAUCAAGAGCAUACGCGUCGUCGCGUCUAGGGGCUGCGCGUUCGUGACGUUCACGGAGCGGGAGGCGGCAGAGAAGGCGGCGGAGAAUGUUGCAAACAAGCUGGUGGUGAAGGGGUUGAGGUUGAAGCUGAUGUGGGGGCGGCCGCAGCAGCCGAGGCCAGAGAGGCAGGAAGGGGAGCCAGGGCCACCGGGAGUUGCGUCUCAUGGCGGUUUCUUGCCCCGAUCUGUCCAGGCCCCUGCCCAGCAGUCCCAGCAGGCGGGAAAGGAUGGCGAAGUCGACUACCUCAAUCUUCCCCCGCCAGCCCCUGCACCCAGUACCGAGGCCUCUUAUCCAUCAAUGGACCCAGAGGGCAUGGGAACCGCCGUCAAGGUGCCCAGCCGAGACGGUCCCCAGCAGCCUGGCCUGCCUUCCCAGCAACAAUUCCAGCAACGCCCGCCUUUCCAGCAGCCAUUCCGGCCUCCUCCGAACCAAAAUUUCCGACCGCCUGGGCAGUUCCCCCCAAACUUUCAACCAGCCCCCUUCCCGUAUGGUGGUGGUCAGCAAGGAUUCGGGCCGCGGGGCCCCUUCCCACCGCAACAGGGUCAGUUUAUGGGGCCUCCGCCCCGGUUUAACGGCCCUCCUCAAGGUCUUGGCCACUUUCAGCAAGGAGGGUAUCCUAUGCCGAACGGCGCCGGUCAGAGGCCACUCGGCGGCAGGGGCCCUCCGUCAUUGAUGCAACAAAGACCGCAGCAAUAGGUUAGGUGACCUUGGCGGCGGGCGAAAGCCUUAAAUAAGAGCUCUGAAGAAUUGUUUGGAAAUACUGUUCCAAUGGCCGCUGUCCAAGCGUUGGCGCUGUUCAGCCUAUGCAAUCUGCCUUCUCAAAUCUCAUGUACGGAAGAUGGAAUAACAUGAAGAAGACAAAAAAGGAUUGUGUACCGUAUUCUUGACAAGGUUUGCCGGAGGUGCAUCAUGCCAGUGG